GGACAUAAUAAUUGACAUUUGACACAAGCAAAGCGGUUUGUCUAUAAUUUUUCAAUACUAUUUGGUGUUUUGUUUAAUUGCUAGCGAUAUUUUCCGAAUAUUAAAAAAAAUAUACAUAUAUAGUGAAAUAAGUUCCCAUCAUUUUUGAUAUAAUAUAUUAAAAAAUACAUACAACUCAUCGAAAAAGUGUAUAUAAGAAAACUUGUACGAAUCGUGUGUAAUAUUCCGCAGCGUUCGAAAUGGAGAACAUUAAGUCAAAUUUUGAUAAAAUAAUGGAGAAAUUCAAUGAUAGUAUAACACAUUCGGCGCCUAAAAAACUUAGUUUCGAAUAUUUAACUGAUUCCUUCAAUGAUUCCGGCACUUUACCCAAGAAACGACGCCACGAAAAUACAAAUCUCAGUUGUGACGAUAGCAACGGCUCUGUAAGCAGCAUUCCAUCUAGUCCUUGGGAAACACGUAGAAUUAAAGCUGAUUUAAUUGAAGCCAAGUCACGAAUUUCUAAGUUAAAGAUAGAAAUUGAGCGGCAACACAAGCUAAGGGCAGAAGUAGAGACGCUUUAUGAAAGUAAAGUGACUGAAUUGAAGAAACAGUGUGACUUUUCCGCAAAUAAAGUCCAAGACGUCGAAAAGCAUUUGCAAGUUGUGCGUAAACGUGAACAGGGUGCCAAACAAGAGCUUUUGCGAACUCAUCGGGAGCUAACACAACUAAAACAUCGCUUUGAGGAAGAAUUGCAUAAACUUCAACGGGCUAAACUAGAAAUAGAAGAUCAUUCGCGGCAAAUGCAAAAUAGCUUGGAGAAUGAAUUAAGUGAAUACCGCCGCCAUACAGAUAAACUAGAAAUGGAAUUGCAAUUAGUAACCGAUGAAAUGGCCAAUUUAAAAAGCGUACUUAAUGAGUACAAACAGCAUGCAUCGUCUUACGAAGCUCUCAAAAUGGAACAUGAAAAGGAGCAGCAAGAACUGGAAGUGGCCAAUUCACGCAUUAAAGAACUAGAGUACCAAAUAGCGUCCUAUGAAGAUUGGAAUGAAAUAACAAAGAAAUCACAAACUCGUUUACUGAGUAUACCAGACAUGGAUAAAGAGUUGGAACGUUUACGCACAAAUAACAAAAACUUGCAGGAAUUACUUGGUAACAAAUUAUUAUUAGAGGAACAAGUACAUGAUUUAAAGAAGCGAUUGGCACGUGAGGAGGGUGGCCGCAAUGAAGCCGUGUCUCUACAAGUAAAGCUCUCACAUAUGGAACAGGAACUUAAAGACUGGAUCAAAGUUGCACAAGACCAUUGUCUGCCUAAUAUGUUGGUCAGCCCGAUGGCUCUGCGUUCACGAAUUGAGCAAUUGCUACAAAACGACAUAAUCAUGAUAAGUGAAAAGCGCAACACACAAUCUGAAACUAAGUCCAUCAAAUCCGAGUUAUUAGAUUAUAAACAGAAAUGUGAAAUUUAUGUAAAGAACAUAGAAGAACUCAACGUAGCGCUGAAAAGACAUAAAAAUUUCAAGGAACGCAUACAGCGCAAACUAUUGAUGGUUUCUAAAGAACGUGACUGUUAUAAGCAACUGCUGGAAAAUUUCGAAAAGGAUCUCACAUUCUCCAAUAUCAAUCAUGGUACAGAUGGAGGUACUGGUGAUGUACAGCUGCGUUCAAGAUUGGACAUGCUGGAGAAGACUUUAGUGGGCUACAAAGAUAUGUGCAGUAAUUUGGAGAAAGAGUUGACCAACGCAAAACAACUACCCGUUGCCGAUCAGUCUAUUGAAAAUGUCAUCAGUACAGAAUCCUAUGAGCAUACAAAGAAAGAAUUAGACACGAUGAGAUUGGAAAAUGAGCGUUUGAGACGUCGCAAAGAGGAAUUGGAAUUAGAACUGGAGCAUCGUUGCUUGAAAGGUGACUUCAAUGUGGGCAAAUACAAAGUAGUACAUUUGGCGCAAAAUCCCGCCGCCGAGGCAUACGAAAACUCCAAUAAUUUGAUUGAAAAAUUACAAGCGGAGAUCGAACGCCUGAAGCGGCGCAAUAAGAAAUUAGAAGAAGACAACGAAGUCACACAGGCGCGCAUGAAUGAGACCACAAACAUGACCAUGAAUAUCAAGGAAAUCAAUCAAAUGCGCGCCGAACUUGAAGCUACGAAUUCUAAAAUGAAGAAGAUGAAAGAGUGCUACAAGUCCGCAAGUAUGGAAUUCCGGGAGGUCUGUUAUUUACUCUUUGGCUAUCGUAUCGAUCGCUUGGGAUUGAACACAAAUUAUAAAUUAUCCAGCAUGUAUGCAGAUAGCCCUGAUGAUUAUCUCAACUUCCGUUUGAAUGAGUCGAAUCAUGCCUUGGACAUGCUUGAGACCCCCUAUUCGAUUACCCUCAAACCACUUAUAGAGAGCCAAUUGGUGGGAAAUAAAUCCUUGCCGGCAUUUUUGAGUGCGCUAACGCUCGAACUAUUCCAACGCUCCACCAUGACUAUGUCGUAAAGCGCAUGCGAUUGAACUCUAAUCACUAUAAUAAUAUCAACUCGCAACAGUCCACAGUCUAACACACGAAAGAGUCAAAUUUGAUAAGGCGUCGAAACACCGAUGAUCCAGAUCCCGUAUAAUUACAUACAUACGUACAUAUAUAUACAAUUAUUUUCUGCAAUUUAUUUUUGCUAUGUAAUGCAUCUUAUAUGUAUUUAAUAAUAAUAAGCUGUUUGGCCAAA